AUGGUAGCUAAAGCUAAUGAUGCUGUGAGUAGAGAUCUUGACGUGGACAAAAUCCCUUUUAGACCAUCCCUUGAAGCUAAACUUAAAGAAUUGGUGCAUAACAUUUGCUUACACGAGAUCAAGCUAUGCUCUGCCGCUGCAAAAGAAUUUGUUAAGUUACUCAAGGGAGAAACUGGCGGCAAUCUGCUGCGGCUAUAUUUCCACAACUCACCAAACUUUGCUGAGCUUCUAGAGGCAUGGAAGCUUCGACAUGAUCGCAAACAAGGACCAUCCUAUAUAUUUAAGCUUAUCCAUACGAUUUUGAGUCAUCCAGAGGGAAAAGGUGGAUCAAUUGCUAUUGAAACUGCUAUUGACCGGUUUUCUAGGUUACUUUUUAGGCAAAGACUGGAUGACAUUUACAAAGCAUUGAACAGCAAUGAGGGAAAACAAGUAAAAGCUGCACUUUUACUCUUGGCUUCGAUAGUUAGGCGUGGUCGAGGCAUAGCAUCAGAAGUAGCUGGCAAAUUUGAUAAUUUUAAGGGUUUGGCAAAACUGGGAGCGUAUAAAACGCAAGGGUCGCGCAAGCUUAACAUCAAACACUACUCAACGAGGAAGGCCUUUGUUGCGUUUGCAAUAUCUUUCCUAGAAGUUGGAUUGCUAGGGUUUGUUUUCCGGCAGAAGGAAAUGUAUUCUAUAGUCCUACAAGGCCUUGGGACAGAUUCUGAAGACACUGUGGCUUCUGUCUUGUCAACCUUGAAGGAUAAGAUCCUUGUUAAAGAAUCAUCAUCGCUUCCUCCUCCUCCUCCUCGAAGAAUUAGUGUUCUUUUCGGAAUCAAAACACUAAAGCAGCUAGCUAGCAUUUCAGUAAGAGAGGAUGGUGGGAUUGUCAAUGAGUUGGCCCAUGAUGUUCUUCUUCAAGUUUGUACAGAGCCCUGUUAUGGUUUGAUGCCAGAUGCGAACAGAAACCUGGGAGGCGAUCCAAGAAGACUACUAGAGCUCAUGAAGAGUUUGAGAGCAACAGAAUAUUGUUAUCACCUGGAUUUGCUUCUAGCCAUUGUUAGGGGUAGACCGUAUUUUGCUUCAGCUUUCUUGGACGAAUUUCCAUACAAUGUGGAAAAUCUUGCAUCACCAUCCUGGGUUUCUUCAAUUUCCUUGGCAGCAAAUUUGGUAUCGUCAGUAAGAACUUCAUGUUCCUUUGGCUUUCUUAGUCCGGAUCAACCUCCAUCCGCGGGUUCUGAUGUUGAGACUAUCAUGAAAUGCAUAUGUCCCCGACCAUUUAGACGGUCAUUGUUCACCAAAAGGAUGCUUCAUUCUGAUAUUCUUGUGAAACAUGGGACCUUGAGAUUUCUCUUAGAGACGCUGAGGCUGUUGGAUUCUUUUGUUUCUGCUUGGAAACUUUGCUCGUCUCAUAGCUGCUCUGCCGAGCAAAUUCAGACUUCUCUUGAGCGGGAUUUCAUGGGUGAGGUGAGAAGCUUUUUUCCAGAUUUUGAAGUACUGAAACAGUCUCUGGGCGGAACAACAGAGCUAUCUUGCAAGAGAAAAGCAGUGUUAGAUAGUGAAUCAGAAGGUAGAAAAAAACGCUUUAAGAAUGAUGUUUUGGAAGAAGAUAUCGUCAUUGGUGGGGUAACUUGUGAUAAGGAUCUCUUUUUGGCGGAGGAUGCUGUGAUGACUGAUCAGGCAGAUGCUGAAAAAGAAUUUCUUGGGAUUGUUUCAGAAAUUUGGGGCUCAGAGUUUUGUUCAAAGCCUAUCGACUCGCUCGAAGAAGCAGAGAUGUUCUUUCAGAUAAAGCUCCUGGAGGUCCUCAGGAUUUAUGUGCGUUCUGUGCCUAAUGGGCUUGAAGGAUCGUUUAAAUUCUUCAUGGACCUUCUGAUCAGCUCUUCAAUUAAGACUGUUGGAGAUCGUUUAUUCAAGCAAUGGGACAUUGUCAGAAUCAGCUUGUCCCAUUUUAAAGGUGUAUCAAUUGGUUUUAGCCCCCUAACUGUUUGUAUUCUGCAAAGCUGUGUGAGGCUACUAAAUUCUGAAUCUAAGGCAUACUCUUUACCAGAGAAGUCAGAAAUAUCUCUGUACGUCUGCAGCACAAUGAAAUAUCUUUUGCAAACUCAGGUAGAUUUCAGACCACUCUCAUGUUUGGUUCAGUCAGUUUUGUCUGAGGUGGUUGAUGGAUCUAAAGAUUGUUUAUGUGAAUGGAGGCCAUUGAGAAUGUUACUGCUUUUCUCACAAUCUUUGUCAGAGAAAAAACCUUUCAUCUCGCAUCCCACAAGGACAGUAAGUCUACUUGCUGACACUUGUUUUGCAGACACUCUUGAUGAGAUCAAAGGACUGGUGAGAAGUAUUUCUCCGGAUCAGGAUGAAUUUGCAGGGGUCGUUAAAGCGUUUACUUCUGCGUUGGUCUGCGCAACACCUGAAUCGAUUUUGGAGAAUUUUGACUCUGUGAUGGCUGUUUCUUGGGAUCUCCACGGAACAUCAUUCUCAUUUUUACAUUCCAUCUCCUUUCUUGACGAAAACUUCCUCGGAAACCUUUUAAAGCUAUCGCCUGACUUAUUUUCAGAAGUUACUUCUGAGUCAAGGAAUCUCCGUGAAGGAACAGUAGAUUGUGAGAUUGAUUUUGCUGACCACUCAUCAUCCAUAACUGAAGAAAUCAAAAGUAAGACUGACUUCUUUUUAGAGCAGAUGCCUUUUCCUGCAUUGCUUGACGCAGUUAUGAGGAUGGAUAUAUCUUGCUUAGUGGAGUUUCCAAGAAUAUCAGAGCUACUUCUGCUAAAAGUCUUGCAACCUAAAAGUGAUAGCAUUGAUUCAGACAUCCGAUUGAUACUAAACUGGCUCUCCCAAAUACGAUCAUCUUACAAGGCUCAGCCAGCUCCGGUACUCUGUCAUCUCUCUGAGAUCUGCUUACGUCUCAUGAAGCACUUGCUCUCUCAAAUAUCAACUUCGGACAAGUUGCUUGCUCCUUUUGCAAAGUGGAAGCAUCAUCAAGUGGCCCAGACAGUUCUUUGCCACCCAGUUAUGAUGUCACUGUUGGAGAGUCCCUUGGAUUGUGGCACAUUACCUCGAUUGCAGAAUGUUGACAUUUUUUCAGAAACGUCUCUGAUCAGUGAAAUAGAUCAACACAUCCUUGACCUAUUGGUUUCUAAUUGUGAGCACUUUUUGUUUGUUGAGAGACACAUUGUAGCAAAUAACUCAAUUAUGGCCAUCAAGGACUUGGUCGAAAGGCUUCUCUUGGUAUUCAAAGGCAAGUUUGAGAUUACAUGUGUUGGCUCUCAAAGUUACGCUCCGCUUCUGCAACCAUCACAACUUAUUCAUGCUUUGCUGAGAUUUAUAUCACCUGUUAAACUUUUCUAUCUUGCCCGUUCCAUGCUGAGUAAAACCGAGUUGUCUAGCCCAAAUUCGAGUAUGGUUCUCAGUUUGGGGUUGGAUAUUGCUGGUGGAGCUUUUGAAAUGCUCAUGUUGUAUUCACACGAGCCGGCUGCUAAGAGAAGGGUAUAUGAUUUGCUUUGGGAAUUAGAAGAAAAUAAUUAUGACAGUAACCUCAUUGAGGAAGUAUAUAGCGUGGCAUGCAAGUUUUCUACCUCUUUAGGUUUGGUUUCGGCAGAUAACUAUUUGCUUAAAGUAGUUGGUGCCAUUUUCAGAGCAAAACAUAGUGUUAACCCAUUGACCCUGAUAAUUUCAAAGAUUACUGGAAGAACUCCUAAAGACUUGAUUAUCCAUUGCAUUAAUCAGGCAAACAUGACUAGAGCCAAGAUAGUGUUCUAUCUUGUGGAGUCAAGUCCCUUGCAUAUGUCAGUCUUUGGACACUUUUUCUUUAGUAAGCAACAGGAUGAAAUUGGGCUUACGAAUGAUCAGUUUAUCAUGCUUCUCCCUGCUGUGCUAUCGUAUCUGGCAUCACUUACUGCAAAACUUGAGAAGCCAUGUCGUAGAUGUUUGGAUAUAACUUCAGUUUAUUCAAAUAUACUAAUAAAUGGUUUUCUUCAGUGGCCCAAGUUUUUGUCUGAGUGCAUCUUUGAAGAGAAGUAUGAAGAGAUUCUUCCGUCGGCGACUACAGAGGAUAUCGACACUAUGUUUAAUGCGAGUCUUCUUGGGAAGGCAGUACGUAUGUUACAGUAUCACUUUGCCUUGACUGAAAGUCCAACUAAAACAGAAGAUCUCUUGAAGAUAUUCGAUUUCAUGUUGGAUUACGAGACAAAAGAAGUGGAUGUACAGUCUGUAGAUGAUAUGUUUAAUGUUGCUAUCCGUGUAGUUGCAAAAGCAGAAAUUUCAAGGAUCUGUUUGUUUCCUGAGGAUAGCAGUAGUAUGUUUCAUUUAGGUACUUGUGUGAAGGAAAGUUGUCCAGAAAUGGGAUCGAACAGAGAGAGUUUGUUACUAAAUGCUUUAGUUAAUAGUUGGCAAUCUGCUGUCAAGAGAUCUGAUGCUUCUUUUAAAAGGAACUCCGAAGACAAAUGUUGGUUCCUCUGCAACAGCCUUGAAAACUUCAUUUUGACAAGUAUUCUAAGGUUUUUGCGUGACGUGUGUGAGAGGCUUGUUCACUUGGAUUCCCUUCCUUUCCUGGAGAGACUGAUGGAAUCAGUUCUUCUGUAUAGAUUUGAGGACUCAAAGACAUUGAAGAUGUUGAGGGAAAUUCUCUCCUUAUUGUCUAGAGGAAAGUACUCGUAUGCACCAUAUCUCCAACUCCUAAGAUCUCACUCUCAGUUUACACCGACCAUCAGCUCUCUAUCCUCACAUACAGGUGACUCAUUCAGGCCUGUCUCAAGCAUUCUGAAACAUCUUAUAAUCAUCCCAAGUCCAAAUUCUGUCGGAGCUGGAAGUUGUUGUCUCCAAGCACCUGACUAUGUGAAGCAGUUGGAAAUUGUCAAAAUUCUCAGGGUAUUGCUCUCCAAAUGUGGAAAAGAUUCAGGAAUCAAUCUAAAAGAAGUGCACUUUCUUCUCUUGUCUUCUUAUGGUGCAACUAUGAGCGAAAUCGACUUAGAGCUCUACAAGUUGAUGCAUGAUAUCGAGCUGAUUGAUGAGGAAAACAGAGUGAAUGUUUCUGAAACAGAUUACUUGUGGGGUAAGGCUGCCUUGAAAAUGAGAGAAGGGCUGCUUGCAUCAUACGGUGGUGAAGCUGAUUCAGUGGAAGAUAUCAGGCAGAGCCUUUUCAAAGAGAAUCUUUGUGUUGAUCCCAAAAUAUGUGCUCAAACUGUUUUGUAUUUUCCUUAUCAACAUACUGCAGAGGUAUCCGAUAACUCUUCUUACUUGUAUAAUGAUGAUCCAAUGAGCAAGCAGAUAUGCUCACGUGUUAUUGAACGAUAUGAUCCGGCUUUCAUCCUGCAAUUCUCAGAACACUCAUUGUACACGGGAUAUAUUGAACCUGUGGAAUUCGCCAGUUUAGGCUUGCUUGCAGUUGCGUUUGUGAGCAUGUCUUCAGCAGAUCUUGGUAUGAGAAAAUUGGGCUAUAAUACUCUUGGCAGAUUUGUGGAAGCCCUAGAGUGCUGUACGAUGAAUGAGCAUGUAAAGAACAGACUUGGGCUUCUGCUUUCGUAUGUGCAAAAUGGAGUUGAGGAACAAUGGCAAAGAAUCCCAACUGUUUAUACUGUUUUUGCUGCUGAGACAUCUCUGAUACUGUUGGAUUCUUCUCACGAACAUCAUGUUCCCAUAGUUAAGUUUUUAAAGACCUCAUCUACACUGAAGCUGAGGGGAAUACCUUUGUUUCAUGAUUUUUUCUUGAGCAGCGCUGUUGGAUCACAGAGGCUCUGGAUACUUCGCCUAGUGUGCGUGGGCUUGAAAUCAGAAGAUGAUGCUCAAAUUUAUGUUAGAAACUCUGUCCUUGAAAUAGUGAUGAGUUUUUUCUCAACUCCUCUUGCCGAUGAUGAAACUAAAGGACUAAUCCUAGAGGUUGUGAGAAAGUCAGUCAAAUUCCAUAAGUUGGCCCGGCAUCUAGUUGUAAAUUGUCAUCUCCUGCCAUGGUGUUCAUCAUUCAUCUCAAUGUUUACUAGAAAACCCAUUGGAGAUGAAUAUUCGCCCUUUCUAGUUGUCUUAGAGGUCAUAACUAAUGCACUCGCCUCGAGAAACGUUACAGAGUGGUUGCAAAGAUUUGCCCUCGAAGGGCUAAUGGAAAUCUCAUCGCGUUUAUACAGACUUUUAGGUGGUGGAUUGGUUUCAAUACGAGAAAAUGGUACUUGUGUUGAUUUGAUUUUGCAGAUACUAUCUCCUACUCUAAAGAUGUCACAGAAACGAGAAAUGCACCAGCCACAUUUUACCAUCACAAUCGAGGGGAUAUUCCAAAUCUUUGAGGCUGUUGCUAAUUGCGGUUCUCCUCAAUGCGAAGCUAAUGCAGAGCGUGGGCUUGACACUAUAUUAAUGAGCAGCCCGCCACUUGACAUUAUAUGCAUGGACGUGGGCAAGCUGAGAAGGUUUCUUUUGUGGGGAACCUCCACAGCCUUGAAGAUUGACCUUAAAAAGGGGUCUAAGCCUAGUGAGUCUCAUCAAGACUCUAAAACACGCACUGAAGAAGGACAAGAAGAGACUAUGGUAGCAAAGUUUCUACGCUGGCUAUUGGUUUCAGUGAUUCUUGGAAAGCUUUAUUCUGAAGCUCAUGAUUCGGACUCGACAGUCUUGAGUGAAAAAAAGCCAGAAACUUUGCUAACGUUAUUAGAAAAUUACAAGAUUAGGAACCUCGGAGACAGCAUGACAAAGUCGGAGCACGUGAUAGGGGAAGUAAUCUUACAUCUCCAAAAGCUUGUGUGUACAAACUACAGGGUUUUUCUUCCCACAGUUGUAUUUGCACUUUCUCUCAUGUUUCUUCACAAUGGCCUCGGUGAUUACAAGCUCAUCAAAUCUUUGUGUUCUAGAAUUAGUAUUCCUCCAGAGGCCUGGAGAUGGUCAUAUCAUCAGGCGUGGAAGGAUCUUUCGUCGGAACCAGCCACCGAUGUGGAAAAGAUGGAUGUACUCCAUGCGUGUCAAGACCUUUUGCUGAUAUUCUCUGAUAUGCUUGAAGAAACGCCACAGGAGGUGUUGCUUCGUGAAAGCUUUGACAUGUCCCGUAUAUUUGAAUGGGAAAGAGGUUUAGUUGAGACCUAG